AAACAAACAACUUUAGGGAAACGUUCGCCGACAAGUUCUUUCUGCCUGGCUUCCUCCCAAGCUAUGGCAAAGCCAAAGCCUUUAGUCAGAAAAGAGCAUGAUUGAAGGAGAGCACGGUUCAGAGGAGGUUGUGCUUCAGGUGCAGCUAGAGCCGCAAUCAGACGCGUUGAAGGUUUCCCGAAAGAGGAAGAAGAUCAAGCGAAAGCGAACAGUGCGGCCUAAGUGCCAGGUUGCUAAUGAGGCACAAGGCUGCGACAGCCGUGUUGUCGCGCUCCCAAGAGAUUCUGUUCUUCAUAGGGGCAGCUAUGCGAUUUGUGAGGGUGAUAGCGGAGAUGAAGUUGCGGCAGGGACCCAUUCGGUGAUGAUAUCGAAUCUUAGCAUAGAAGCAAUCAUGGAUCCGUGCGUGCAGUGUCCAACCUGCAGAAGACAUUUUUCUCCUCAUCGAGUGGGAGAUGAGAAGAAGGGAGGCUUAAAGAAACCUGCCAGCUCGUCAAGGGAGGGUGCACAGGAGCGGCCCAGAGUUCUUUUUUCCGAUGCAGAUGCUGAAGUCGUCAAAUACCAGAAGGAAGAGGGGGAAAGUGUUGGGCAUGAGCCUAAGGCAGGCAGAUCAUUUUCGACCGCUUCUUUAGCUACACUGGAAGCACUAGCCAGCCGUGGCGAAGGAGGAUUCAGUUGCUUUGCUCAUGUCCUUCUGGCAUUAGUUGGUGUGGGCCGUCAGACGCACACCUCCCUGCGACAAGCUACUGACGCUUACAGAAAUAGGGACAGAUGCAGCUGUUUUGUGAUUGUGGUUGUCAUUAUAUUGGGCCACUCCUUCAUAUUCCUACUCCCUCUCGCUUUCAUUUUCUUUGGGUUGACAUACGUGUAUCAGAAAGGUCCGCGUGCGGAAGACAUUGAAGACUUGGUGAAGGUUUCGAGCAAACAACCCUACUGGAUGAUUCUGAUUACAAGUAUUCUUGGAGCAGCGUCAACAGCAUUGAUCAUGGGGCCGCCUGCUCUCCACAAACCUGGGCGGACGGGCACUUUGCAGACAAUCAGUCGUAUUGGCAAAAUGGGAUUCACUCUUUACCUCCUGGUCAGGACUCUCUACACAUGGACAGAGGAACUGGCAGAGCUGCAAAAGAUUGUUGCCAACGAAUUUUCGAGGCACGUUGGCUUGUCAACGGUCCUCCGCACAUUAAUGCUCUCCAUGGUGCAAUCUGCUACCAGCUCUCAGUGGAGCAGAUACGCUGAUCAGUUUGUCCUGAUGCUGGUGUACAAUGACUAUCUCAACUUUAGAAAGGCUCAUGAUGAUGACUUUGUAGGGCGCUGGGGAGCGUACAUGAAGAAGAUCCAGGAUGCUGAGCAGAGUGGGAAGUUGGCCGCGGAAUCGCUGUCAUCAAGGCCGUAUAGUGGGAAUGAUGAGGAGAGGGAGGGCGAAGAAAAAGGCUUUGCACCCUCAAUGCUUGACCCGGGCCGUUUGAUCUUGUUGAUACAGAGGAUGAAGGAAAGGAAUGGGCUGACAUCGACCCCUCCUUGGAGUAAGAAGCGAGACGGAGCCAGCGGGGAUGAACAGACAGAGCAAAUCGCUCUUGGAGCCGGUCGCUGGGGUAGAAGAAUCUGGGCCUGUGGUCAUGAGAUGGGCAAGCUGAUUUUCUCGGUCUACAUCGUGGUGCUGCUGGUGCGUUGCUGGACCUUUGGAUGGGGUGUUGCCCUUGUGUACUUCCCCCUUUUCACAAUUCUCUAUCCCUGGGUGACUCUCAUUGUGCUGAUGUUUAUGAUUCUCAUGCGACUGCUAUUGGUGGACUUUCUGAUGAGAAUUCUCAUCAUCCGCCAACGCCACAAAGGCUGCCGGGAUCGAGUGCAAGCUCUAUGCCGAUAUUGUUGCUGCCUACGCCGGGGUCACAGAAAGAGCCGAGACUCCCUAAAGUUCGAAGCUUGUGAUGGCAAGGAGGAUGAAAUGAGGCUUUACCCUAGCCCAGAGGAAGAGCCAACAGAGGAAGACAGAAAAAAGAGGAGGAAGGAAGACCACGUGAAGUUGCGCACCAUUGCCAAUGCAAUGGCUUCAACAGGCUUUUUGCCUGGGAACUUUGAUCGAGCAUUAUGGCCUCAGCUUCAGUGUUGUGGGAAGCCCAUGCCAAGACUUCCAGGUCUCUUGUACACAAACAUCUCCUCAGAGAAAGGCUCGCAAGAAGAGCUGAGAAGAAACUACGAACAUGAAGUGGCGGUUCUUCAAGCUACUGGCAUCACUCGAGACGGAUGGUGUUACGUGAUCAUCUAUGCAGCCAUUGGCAAAGUGAUGGUGGACUUCAUGGUUGUGGUUCUGACACGCUUCAUGGCUGGAGUUGGCUAUAUGGACUGCGUUGUGCUGACUCUGACAGAUCGCAGCUGGCAGAGGUGGAUGGAGCAGUUCGACUACAUGGACACAAUCAACUGGAUUAAUCGAUGGGUUAAUGCGAUUUGGUGACUUCUUGUGUGCCGCGUUUGCAGAACUUUUCUGAGACACCUCGGCCAAGCCCUGGUGCAACAACUAUUUGAUCUCCUGAUGCUUGACAUGAAGUCGCGAAAUGGCCUUUGUUUGUUCAAAGACGUUUCAUUACCAAC